AAAUCUGUGCUUUACGAUAGUAACAUUGGUCGUUAAAUUGAAACAGCCAUUUUCUAACAGAGCUGUAUAAACACACCGUAGAUAACUGACUUUAUAUUAUAUUAUUAAUAAACAGGGUUAGGUGUUUUUAUCACGAUCACACUGAAACAUUUAACCCUUUCAUUACCUGAAUCUAGAGACCGACAGCCGCGCGCCCUGAAGGAGAGCAAAAUGUCGAGACCACGUUCUCGGUCGCCACACUACAGGAGGUUUCCCUGGGAGGAACCCGGCUUUGAUCCUCACAAAGUCAUUGCAGAACUGGACGGGGAUCCGAUGGAGCCGAGACACCACCACCACCACCACCACCACCACCACAGAGAAGCUCCUGAAGAACGCUGGAACUACAACAGGGAAGACAGGGAUAACCGCCAGUUUGGGCAUCACCGUCACCCAAACCAGGAGGAGUUCUAUCACAGGAGGCCGUCCCCCCAUCAUGAUGGAGCAGGAUACGAUAACAGGAGGCUUUCCCCGCAGCGUGAUGGAGGAGGAGGAGGUGAAGAAAGACGCGUCGGUGGGUUUAGAGAAGCGUACCCAAACUACGAGAACAGAGGAAGGUCAUCCAACUCGCCUCCGAGGUUGAAGAGGGAAAGAUUGCCGGCGACACCAAGGCCCAACUCAGACCGCCAGGAGAGGGAGCCAGGGAUGGGCUGGAGGAGGGAGGGGCAGGGCAGAGGACGAGGGAGGUUUAGAGAUCUUAGUCCCGGUGGAAGGUCAGAUGACCAAAGAGGAGGAGCAGGUAGGGAAAGAGGAAGGAGGAACACACAGAGUCUCAACAGAGACAACAAAUGGGAGGAUUCCUAUCAACAAAGGAACCCACAGUUUAAAAGGCAAAGAAGAGAAAUGGAGGACACCAAACACGCCGGGUUCAGGGAUGAGGAGAACUUUGGGGAACAGCGUUACCCAAUGGACUCACCCAGAGAUAGGUUUCAAGGAGAACCACAGGGGAGCCUCCCGCGGGGGAACAAUCGGCUCUCGGGACCAGUCGUUAUCGAGCACGAUCACGGCAUCGCGGAGAGAAGAGAAACGCCACAGUGGGAACAAUUUGACGAGCGAAGAGAUCGUGACCCUGUCCCUGACUUUAAUCACCAGAGGACUCCACGUCCACGUCCAACGAGCUCCUCUCAGGAGCGCUUCAGGACCUCAGAGAGCAGGUUGGAAGACCAGGAAGUCAUAAGACCUCGUCACUUUCAAGAGGAUUGGAGGAAAUCUAACCAUCAUGAGAGUAGGAGGACCUCUGAAGAAAGACCAAGCCCCAUGAGUUAUGGAAAUCGAGACAGUCCCAUGAAACACAGGGGGAGGGGCAGUUUUCGCCCAGCAAGAGGCCGUGCUAGUCGUGGUCAAUACGGAAAGACUGGACCACCUAGAAAUCAGCAACACUUGCACCAGUCUUCACAGGGAUACCAAGACUACCCAGAUGGAGAGUCAAGACCAGGGUUUCAACCCGUCAGAGAAGAUUACGAGGAUCCCGUUGAAGCAGAGCCCAACUGGGCCGAAGAAGACCGACUUCAAGAGUGGAAACAGGAGAGGUCUGCAGUUCUGGACCGGAGCCCACAAGUCGUCAGCUUGGACCCUAAAAUGCCUCGUCAGAGGUUACGUGAAUGGAACAAUCAGAAAACCAAUAACAUGGCGGCCGCAUCGGAGGAAACGCUCACCAUCAAAGUGGACAUGAGCCAACCCGUACACAAAAACAGUCAGCUGUGUUACUCCUCAGACCGACAGCUCUCUCUAGACCUGGUCAACGUCGGUCGCCAGCGUCUGGACUUCCUGCCCAUGCUGGAGCACUCUGGGACGUACAGAGAGACCGCAAUGCACACUGGGAAUUUUGCUCAGGAAAUCAUCUCACUGGUGCACAGUGUGAAAGAGCAGUACUUCAGAGGUGACGGCGUCCCCCUGAACGAACGCUUCUCAGCUCCUCAAAAAGGAAGCUUCGCUGAAGAAGAGACGGAGGAGCUGACGCUGGACGAGAGGUUCAGUACAAACCGAGGUUUCAGUUUGAACAUGAACUCUCUGCUCGAUGAAGAAGAGCCGCUGUUCUCCAGGCUCGGCUCCCUGCCGCCGGCGAGAGGCCCGGGGGAUCUGAGGCACGACCUGGAGAAGAGGAGGCAGGAGAGACUGGAGGGGGUCAAAGUCACAAUAUUAGGAAACAACUUGUCACAGCGCCCUCAAGGCCGAGUCAGUGAUCCGGGUCCAGACUUCAGCGACGACGCGGCUCAGCUGGAGGACGAAGAUUUCUCAGACUGGCCCGAGGAGACGAGCAGGCAGCGAGAAGCAAACGUGGGACCGAGAAGAGGCGCCCCCUUCAGGCAGAACAUGGGCACCCAGCGCAGGAACAACCGCUUCGGCAACCGUCUUGGACCAAUGAGGCGACAGAACUUCCGCAGCAACCCUGCAGGUCCGAGCUGGUGACCGGGCGUCAGGAGGUUAUCAUGUUUUGAUUUGUUGAAGACUUUGAAUUAAAAAGAAACUAAGAGGAACCAUGUUCUUCUUUUGAUCUGGACUGUGAAGCUUUGAAGUCUGCGUUGUGUUUCCAGCAGGAGGAACUGACUGAUAGUUUGUCCUGCGUCUCCUCUCAUACCUCCUCCCUGUCCUCCUCUGUGUGUCUCUGUGUCUUUGUUUUUAGUGUUCACAUCUUUAAUGUUGUCUAAUGGAUGUGCCGUCCUGAUUCAAACUUUAUUUUUAGCUUUUGUAAUCAGAGUUUGGGUGUCCACAUUUCAGGACACUAUCUCACUGACCGAACCCUCCCUCCCAUCACGUGUGUUGUUUUGAUGAUUAUGAAGAUGUUUUUGUGUUCUGACUCAGUUUAAAUCAGCCUGUACAGACGAGUGUUCUCCCUCCCUGCAAAACUAAUAAAACAAUCAUCACUUUGA